CCUAAAAUCCAGCGCCGCCAGACCCCGCCCUAAGCCUGCAAAGCGAGCCAACGAAAUGUAUGCGAUGGAGAUAUGAGUGUGUUGCGUAAGUAGCUCCGAGCUCAGGAAACCCUGUGAUAAUGACUGUUCAGGGGAAUUUCCCGAUCUGUGAAUACCUUCGUACAUACUAACAUCUCACUGCUAGAAAGCGCAGCGGCGGCUCCCAUUUGUUUCUUUUUCUGGGCAAUGCAAAUCGCAGUCGCCGCUGGCGCUUUGCUACAGACAAUGAAUGCUCUCUCGCAAAUAUGAAAUGCGUUGUUUUAAUUGUAAAUUUAUUAUGUAACAUCGUUGUCAAUUCCAAGUCAGAUGCUCUGAGCGCAGUUGCCAGGCACCUCUCACAGCGACACUUGCGUUUAAUGUAUAUUCAUAUCUCUCACCAAGAAAAGAGUCCAAGAAUGAAGACUGAUGUGAUUUUCGUGUUUCGCUAGAGCUGUAGUUGCCUUCGAAGUUUGUGUCACUAUAUUAUUUCCUUUUGUUUAACAUGCUUUUCAUUUCCCAUAAUCUUUUAAUAAAAACAGUGAGAACCUUGAAGCGAAUGUUGCCAACGCGGCGACAACUGAUUCUGUAAAUAUGAUAUAAAAAUUAUUUUUCUUAUUUAGAAGCCGAUCUUGUGACUUCACUACCAUAUUUCACUUUGUCAAAAUGCAUAGUAAAAGCAGCUUCAUUUUUCGGUGCUAACAUACAAAUUAUAUAUAAGAGGGAGGAGAAAUAUGUCUAGCGAACUUAGGCACCUCAACAACAUUCGGGGAGUCCCCUUUUUGUUCUCCGUUUCGCUGACCAUUAUAUCGUGUCGCUGUGUGUUGUGUGAAGACUAUGAAACGAGUGUUAUAUAACGAUUUCUUCUCCAUAACUGCAAGUAACGCAACGCAGUAAACAAGCAAAGUACUUGUACUUGCGUUCCCAAGACGGAAGCGCACCAGGCACCGUGGCCCGACUGGUAGCACCGGGCGCCGCUCCGACGCCUCUCCGAAGAAUCGUUCCCACAGGCGUGCUCCUUUCUCCUCCUCCUUAGCCGAGCCCAGGGGCCGGCGCCGUAGCUUCCCAAGGUGUCGCAGCCGCCUAUGCCUGAAACGCCGCGAUGUUUGAACCGUAGGGAGCGCAGCGGCGGUGGCGCGGGGGAUCGAGUGGAAGUCAACGACGCAGAGGAAGUGACAGCAAGGCAGAAAACAGCUGCAAAAUGCACAGGCUGCGGUGGAAAGCAGAGUGGAUGCGCGUACCAUGGAAUUCCAUAGACGGUAAGUUGUUUUAGAACGCCAAAGGCCACCUCCGGGAGCGACGCCGUAACCAUGGCAACGACCAGCUCGCCUCGAGGGAGCCUGAGCGGAGGGAAUAUAAAGCCGACAGCGUCAGAUAACGGCGACGCGAGGGUCAGGGACGCCUCUCCGCCCGCCCCAGUCCUCUCUACUAACCUGAGCCAGGGGGACGAAGAGAAUCUCGGCCAUGCCCUCUUCCUGGAAGCACUCUGGACCCCUUCUCCCCCCGCGACGCCUAGCAACUCCCCGGCUCGCUCCUGCUCUCCCCUGGAGCUUCCCGGGCCCCAGCUCUCCCUCGGCGCUCCUCGAGCCUCCGAGGCGGACCUCGUCGCCGUCACCGACAGAAGUUCCUUGACCAUAUCGCCUACGCACGUCAGCAUGGCUCUGGCCCCGUGUCCGCCGCUCCCCUGGCGAAGAGAAGCCGGACACGGGAUGGGGAGAAAGGUCACGGAGGGCAUGGUGGGAGGGGCGAGGGCUGGCGAGAAGGUCGCAGUCACUACAACGGCGUCUACAAGGGCAGGACUUCACCCGACGGCCCUUGCGAACUGUGCCCCGGAGUGCCAGCGACCCGGUGGCAUGGAAGCAGGAUCUCCAGAUGGUGUCUCGUCGCUCUCCUGCUCCUCCUCUUCCUCCUCUGCCUCUAAAUGUUCCUCUUCCAUAUCAUCCACUACUACAUCUCCCAAUUCUUCAUUCUCUUCUUUCCUCCCCCCCACUUCCUCUUCCUGUCCUUCCUCCUCCGUCGGUGCCUCCGCCACACCGUCGUCUGCUGCUACCGUGACGACGUUCGCAGGAAGUAUCGUCCGGAACGCCGACGCGAGGGGGGGCGCUGGCCCCGCGGGAGGCAACGAGCCCGCCCCGUGCUCACCCGCGUGCGCCCAGCACUUCGCCAGGGUCGCGGGGGAGCUCAGGCAGAUGCAGGACCAGAUCUUCGCGCUCUCUGUUCAGAUGGAAGAGCAGAAUACCCACAUCACUAAACUCAUGGAAGAAAACAGGCGUUACAUCAGAGAAAACGGGAAACUCAAAUCCAGGACGAGAGGCGGGGUUGUCAACAGUGCCAGCAACUACACCGAUGGCUUCAGCAGUGCCAACAAUUCUGCCCAUGACUUCAAUGGCUCCAGCACCUACAGUGACGAGUUUAGCAACGCCUAUUCACAACAGACCAACGCAGGCGACUUGGAAGACAGACUUCUGGCACUGCAGUUGCAAAACAGCGAGCUCGCCUUGUGUCUCGAGAGGGAAAAGAGAAUGAGAAGGGAGGCGGAGACGAGGCUAGAGAGAGACGAAGGCUAUAUCAAGAGACUGGAAGAUAGUGUACAGACUCUGCGAGGCACCCGAGUCGUCAUGGACCCCAUCACCUACAGGCAGGUCGCCGAGGCCUACAUCGCCGCCCGCCGGACGCCCGCACGCCGCCCGCACACCCACACGGGGGUCCCCGGGUCGCACCUCGUCUGCGAUGGCUCGGCCGCAGAGACCAACCAGAGGCUGUCCCACCCCGCGAUGCACACAAGUAGCACCACCUGCGAGUCAUCGUACCUUUACCCUUCGUCGUCGUCAUCGCAGGAGGCGGUCGAAGGAAGCUCCUCGCUGAAGGGCCACUCCAAAAAGAAGGGGCGAGCCUUCCCCCCGCAAGAGCAUCUCUCCAUAGGGCCGGGCACGAGCGUCAACGGAAGCAUGAAUCCCUGGGACUACCAGCAACUCCUCGAAAGCCUGGAGGAUCUCAACGGGGGAAGUCGCGGUGCUUUGUCCUGAAGGAGUGCUGUGACGACAGCUCGAUCCUACACCGAGUCCGGAGGAUGACUACAAUGACUCUUCUUCGGUUGCUUCACUUUCUCUGGAUAUUCUGGAGAAAUAGUGAGAGAGAAUAAGAGAGGAACGGUGACUUAUGCGAAGAUUAUUAUUUUUUUUACUCUGCCGCUGUUUCCCGAGAAAUUCAGCUGCUCUGGGAGUAAAGUGAUAGAAGGGAGAGAUGGGACUGAUAUAACGAUAGUAAUAAAGAAAAGUGUACCAUGGGAACACACUGCCAUGCAGAACGUGUGCGUUUGAAUGUUGUGAUAUCGUUGUCACGCCAUUUUUGCAGUGCCAUGCAGUGUUGGAACUGUUGCCAAGGAGUGUCUGAUCCUCUUUUCGGAGGUGCUAGACAUGAGAGGGGAAACCUGGGGCUUAUUUUGGUGCUGAUUCUCACCUCCAUCACGAUACUGGUGAAUGAUGCUCACUUAAUAUAAAUGUAUGUGCCUCAGUGUGUGUUUGUGUCUACAGUAAGACAUGAAAACCCAUAUAUCUCAUAUCAUGUGUAUAUAUAUGCACUCAUCACUUAAUGUUUUUAUAUGCAUUUAUUUUUUUCUCUAAACAUGUCAGAAACUUGGAUAUUGUCUCCCUUGUGAUUAUUACCUACUUAUUGAGUCGAAUUAGUCAAGAGUACCUAGUUAUGUGAUUCAGGUACAUAUUGAUGUCAGAUCUCUAAAGGACUUUCUAUUUCCUUGUGCCAAAAAGAACAAGAUUCCUUCUUCGAUGCUGCGUGACUUUUCAUCACAUCUUCGAAGGAUUGGUCAGGUCCUGUUGUAGAUCUACACAACUAUUGUGUUACUUGCUUGAAAAUAUUAAAUUAUUGGAAAUAUAAAUAUAUUUUUUGCCUUUUAAAGAUAUUCCUUAUUAAGGUAUUCCCCUAUUGAUGAUGGUACUAUAAGUAUUUUAGAAUUUUAUAUUGACUGACAAAGAAACAUUUCAUUUCUUAUGAUAUUAAAGGUAAUAGUCAUGAGAACAAUAAAAGCUAUGUUUGUGAUACAAGCGCUAGGACCUUUCAAUUCCUAGAUUUUAUACUGCACAUGAAAAUGAACGGAUCAUCGAGGCACAACUUUAACAAGAAUGUAUCCAGUGUGACGUGACUCGAAAACCUGUUCUGGGAUUUUGUUCUGCCAGUCUCCUCAGCCGUAUGGAUUACACGAGAAUUGUCUGAACUACAGAUGCAGGCCUAUUCACAAGGGAGGUAUUUCGACUCCCGAUCUUAUACAUAAUCUUAUCUUUAUAAAGAAAGUGAAACUAGUCAUUUCGAUUUAGACUCAUAUAUGUUAUAGAGUUUGGAUUAAGUCAAUUUAUAUUCCUUCAAGACUGUUGAAAAAACACAUUGAAUAGUCCCAAUUUUUAAAUUGUAAACGUGAGAAGAGUUAUUUAUAUGAUAUAAUUUAUUUUUGUAACGAAUUUUAUUGAACAUGUUAGAUAUCCCGAGUGAAAAUCUAUCAAUAUGUUUUCAAGUUCUGUUUGAUCGUCAUACUUUAUGAUCAUCGUGAUGUUUAUACGACUUCCUAAAGCUUUUUCUUGGCAUACAAAAAGUCUACGAAAUUCACACCUGUGAUUACUUGUGAAAUAUAUUCAAAACAGAA